GCUUCUGAUUUUUGUUGUUUAAGUUGUAUGUAUUGGACAAAUCAAAUUCUUUCUUCACAAAUAAAAAUCAAACGAUUUGGGAAUAACUUUCUUGGUUCACUCCUCAUAAUUUUCUUGUUUCUUCACAAAGCUUUUUUAUAUAGUAUCUUUUUUUCCCCUUCUUUGGUUUUCCAAAAAUUAAUAUUUUAGAAAUUUUGUAUUUACAAAAAAGAACCACACAGGAUAGGCUGGUUGGUUGGUUGCUACUGUUGUCUUUAAGAAAAAAAAACAAAGAGAUGUGUACUCAAUUAAUGCCUUGGAAUAUUAUUGGCCACAAGUAACUUUAUAACUUAUUUUGACAAUUGUUAUGUGAGGUGAUUAAAUUUUUUUGUUACAAUAGCCUAAAAAAUCAUUUGCAUGUAUCUUACUCGUUUGUUCAACUUUAUAACUGACCAAAAUGAACUUAACUCUAUUUAGAAAUUACUUUUUUUCUGAUAUCUUGGAGUUUAGAUUGUUUCAUAUAGGGAGGCUCUAUGAAGAAAAUAUUACUAUUCCACUUGGACUUAGGAAAAAGAUCAUUCCUAAUUGGAUUAGGAUUUACAAAUCACGGUAAUCCUUUAUAAAAUAAGUUAUUCACGUCUUAGAAAGAUAUAGCAAAAAUUAAAGAACGAAAAUCCCAAACCCUAAGAUCAAGAAGUGAUUGAUUGUGUCACCAACAAAAAUCUUUUAACUGUAGAAGAAACGAAGACUCGUGCAACAACAUAUCCCAGAGCUAAUCUUCGCAACACAAGCGUUCCGCAGUUGAACAACCAAAUCUCAUAAGAUGGAGAGCUCAGUUGGGUUUAUGACAGUCUUUGCUGUCUCCGGAAGCGUGGUGCUCCUUGCAGCUCAGCUUCACAAGCGUCUCCUCUCUGAUUACAUGGACAAGCUCGAACCUCAACAUACUAAUAAGGAAAGCAAGAAAAAGAAGAAGAAAGUGAGCUUUGCUGAAGAUAUGGUAGAACCAUCAGGGAACAACGAAGAGUAUCGCCGGAGUUUUCGCAAAUCAAAGUUGGAGGAUCGAUCUUGAAAGCAGAAGAAGAAGAAUCCCACAAAUAGAGUCAAGUUGUAUAACAAGUCAACAUUCAACACAAUAGUUUUUUGUAUAAAAAUUCCCUUUAUUUUUUUUUUUGUUUCUUUCUAAUUUGG